AUGGGAAAAUUAAUGUUUGCCAGUAUUUUGAAUGCUGUUCUUGUUAUCCAACCAAUUUAUGCAAUAUGGGCUUGUUAUCGGUCUUGCCCGCCAAGCUGUGUUUGCACUCAGGAACGGAACUGUUCUGUUUUAUGCGAUCGAAUUGGACUCUUGGAAAUCCCCGCUGAAUUUCCCUGUGAAGCUUCCUUUAUUAACCUAGAUAAAAACAACAUCAAAUUCCUUUCUGAAAGGGCUUUUGGUACUUUGCCUUCAUUAAAAUGCCUCUCAUUGAGUCACAACAACAUUACCUUCAUCACCCCAGGGGCCUUCAAAGGACUGCCCACCCUGACGGAGUUGAAAAUGGCACACAAUGACUAUAUACGCUAUUUACACACUCGAGCAUUCUCCGCUUUGAAGAGGCUUGUAAAACUUGAUUUGGCAGACUGCAACCUUUUUAACAUCCCCGAUAGAAUAUUUAUAGAUCUUCCAUACUUAAAGGAACUCGUCUUUUUUCAGAAUAAUUUCCGAAGGAUACCUGGUGCCAUCCAGGGAAUGGUGAAUUUGACUCAUCUUUACUUGGAGAGUAACAGAAUUGAAGCUGUGGCCUAUAAUUCACUUCAGGACGUAAGAAAUCUUAAAUACCUCAACCUUCAAGACAAUAAAAUACAUGUUAUUCAUGAUAUGUCUUUCCAAGAUUGUCAGAAACUGGAGUACUUAUUUCUUAAUGACAAUCUAUUGAAUGAAUUACCAGAAAACUCCUUCAAAGGGCUGAGAAGAUUAAAGAUGCUAAACAUGGGUGGGAAUUUUAUAACAAAUGUGUCAAAUGUUUGGUUUCAAGAUUUAUUUGAGUUGGAAGUCCUCUAUCUUGAUCGUAAUAAAAUAACUUUCAUUGAUGAGGGCGCCUUUGAAAACCUUACCAGUUUGGUAUCAUUGCACCUAAAUAGUAACAACUUAACUACUUUGCCCUUUGAUGUGUUCAAACCAGUUUAUUUUAUAGGAAGGCUUUUUCUCUUUAAGAACCCUUGGGAAUGUGAUUGCAGGAUUGAAUGGUUAAAAGACUGGAUGGAUAGUUACAAGCUUGUACGUGAUAUACCCUGCUCUUCACCAGCACCUGUAGCAGGUGUUGACCUAAGUAAUGUGGUUUUCAUAAAGUCACCUGAUGGUAUGUGCGUGGAUCCAACAGAACAAAAUUUUACUUAUUCUGUUCCCCUUCCAACAGAAGGCUUGCCAUCGACUAUGGAAACCAAACUAAGUAGCCUAAUUUCAAGGCUGCUUCGACCAAUGGGCAGCUAUGAAGAUCAGGGAAAUAUGACAGAGCUGUUUGACAACAGAACCUUUUAUAAUAUAAAUGCUACAAAGGACAAUGGAUCAUCUUUGGGUAGUACAGUAUUCGGAAUGAAAUAUACGCUAUGUUUUAUUGCUUGUUAUUAUGUUAUAUUUGAUACAUUGUAG